AUGGACAAAGGUGAUGUGUGCUCUCCAGUGGUGGAGUGUCUAUCGUCUCUAAAGUCGAUCCAGAGCGAUUACGCGCGCUUCAAACUGGAGAACCCAGUAAAGCGUGUGUUUGACCCAAUUAGCGAGCUCUACUGGACGUACUACGAAGGUGCACCUGUAAAGAAGCCAAAGAAAGCUGAUGUGUCGUUUGAGGAACUGCCAUGCGUGGUCUUCCUCCACGGUAUAUGCGGGACGGCAGGAUGCUACUUCUACGUUAUAGAGAAGCUCUCAGAAGCUGGAGUACGAUGCAUCUCCGCACAGUAUCCGGAAUACUACUCUCCGGACGAGUGGAUUGCCGGACUUCUACACUUUUUCGAAUACCUCAAGUUGUCCAAACCCCUAGUAUUUGCAAGCGAUCUUGGAGGAUACCUCCUGCAGCUUUUCGUCGAGAAAUACCCGGAAAGCAUAUGCUCCAUGGCGCUAUGCAAUUCCUAUCGCAGAACCGAUUGCUUCAGCAGCUCUCCGUACUUCCGAGGAAUAUAUGGAAAGCUGUACACCAUGCUUCCCCAUAUGGUACUAAGAAACAUUUUCGUGGAAUCUUACAUAUGCCCCCAAACCAACAGACAUCCUGGAGAAAAAUUGCCAAUGGGUGAACAAUUGGCGCGCGAGUUCAUGGCAAGCGAACUCAACCAGCUUACUGCAUGCGACCUGGGUAGCAGAAUAUCGCUUCAAAUGUCUACUGAUUACGUCGAUGACUUCUGCUCACGAAGAAUGCCGCCAAACAAGAUCCUCCUCAUCGAGACGAACAACAACAAUAUACCUGACGAACUUACCGAAGACAUCCUUGAGGCAUACCAGGAUGCCAAGAUAGCUCAUAUGAAAGACGGCGGGGACUUCCCUUACCUUACAAAACCGGAGGAAAUCGUAACGUACCUUAUGGUACACCUCACAAAUAUGAGGACGCUCCAAAGUAGCAAUAACAUCACGGAGGCUCCGGAUCAAAGUGGUGGUUGCUCCAGUCUACGUGAUAUAUACAAAUUCAACGUUCCUAGAAGGGGUUCGGAGUCAUCACACUGUUCCGUGAUACCGGCGCAACCCUCCUGGGAGUGUGACGAUGACACCUCACCAAGUCUUUCCGACAGUUAA